AUGCCCGCCUGGCGACGCCGUGGCCGCGGGCAGGUGGCGUUGUCGCCGGAGCGGGACGGGGACAGGAACGAGGAGCGGCGGCGCUUCCUGGCGGCUCCGUCACGUGAGGAGCGACCGAGCCCGGCCCGCCCUCUCCCCGCUCCUCCUCCCGCCGCUCCGUCCCCCGCCGCGCGCCGCAGAUGGAGGCGGAACCGGAGGCAGAACCGGCAGCGGCGCUUCUCGCGGAGCCGUGCCCCGCCGCGAGCACCCCCCGUGCCGGCCUCCCCUCCCCGUCCCCCCGCGGAGGGUGAGGAUGAGGAUGAGGGCGAGGACGAUGACGAUUUCCAGUUCCUGCGCUGCGACGGCUGCGGGCAGGACUCGGCGCGGCCGCGGCUGCUGGCGUGCCUGCACACGCUGUGCCCGGCGUGCCUGAGCGACACCAAGCAGUGCCCGCGCUGCCAGGCGGCCACGGCCGCGCCCGCCGUGGACAACCUGCUCUUCUGCAACCUGCGGAGCCGCCUGCAGCUCUGGCGGCAGAUCCGCAGCGCCGGCGGGCCCGGCUGCGGCCGCUGCCGCGCCGAGGCGGCGCUGGUGUGGUGCGAGGAGUGCGAGGAGUUCCUGUGCGGGCGCUGCCUGGAGGAGCACCAGUGGUGGCACAAGAAGAAGGCGCACAGGGUGCGCAGGGUGGGAGGAGCUGCGGGCGGCUCGGCGCGGCAGUUCCUGGAGGAAACGCGCGCUCCUGCAGCCUCUUCUGCUCCAGCGGCAGCCACCCCGAGGAGAGCCGCGUGUGCAGCAUCUACUGCCCGCGCUGCGAGCGGGCUCUGUGCUGUCCGUGGCGCGCUGCUGGACACCGGCCACGCUCCGUUCCGCGACCUGCGCGCCGAGAGCCGCCGGCGCCAGGACGAGCUGCGCUCGCUGCGCCGCGACCUGCGGCGGCUCCGCCGCGCCUUCGAGGCGGCCGCGGCGCGGCUGCGGGGCGAGGCGGCGCGGCGGGAGGAGCAGCGGGAGCGGCUGCGGGAGCGCGUCCGCGCCAGCGCCGAGCGCCUGCAGGAGCUGGUGCGCAGCGAGGCGGAGGAGCUGCGGGCGCUGCUGGAGGCGCGGCCGGAGCGCGGCCGGAGCGCGCUGGCGGAGGAGCUGCUCGGCGCCGAGGGGACGCUGCUGCGGCUGGAGGCGGCCGAGCGGCUGGUGGAGAGGCUGGGGCGCUACGGCGGCGAGCAGGAGCUCAUGGACAUGCAGCCCUUCGUCAAGGGCGCGCUGCUGGAGCUGCGGCGGCUGCGGCCGCCCCAGGCCCCCGAGCUCCGGGAGCCCCCCGACAUCACCGAGUGCCGGGUGCGGCUGCGGGCGCUGGUGGAGCGCGUCACGGGGCGGCCAGAUAUCCCCGAGGUUGAGGUGGCCUGGAGAACAACCUGGAAGAGGAUCCCAAAUGCAACAGCGUCUCCCCCAGCCUCGAGGAGAUCCAUGUGGAGCAG